ACAUUAUAAUAAAGAAAAAGGUUAGUGGAUUAUUUUUUAUAGAAAAUCAACUCGUGUAUUUCUUGGGGAUAACAAAAUCUUUGACUAUCCUAAUAGAAAAUUUUCAAUGAAAAUCAGCUUUCAUGUUUAAUUUGAAUAGUUUACUGUGAACUACUUGUUAACAUGAAGCCAAUUAAUCUGGUCAAGCGAAAGUAAAACGUUUAAAAUAAAUACAAAGAUACUUGUGUUAAAAGUUUAAUUAACUUUGUAACUGCUUUGUGAUAAAAAUAAGUACAGUGAAUUAUUCGGCACAACCAUAAUAUACUUUGAAUGAAAUCAUUCAGAAUUUCAUAAGACGUAUAACAUUUAAAAGGGGAUCCUCCAUAUAAUAUGGUUGAUUCAAAUACUAUUAGUUCCAAGAAUUAUCAUUCAGAACUGCAAAAUAGGUUAUACUUUUCAAGUGGUUCAAAUCAGGAUAUGAAAAUCCCUUAUCCAUGUACUUGUUGCAAGCGAAAUUCCCCUUCUAUAUUUUCACCACGAUGUAUGAAUGUUUGUGCAGACUUUGAUACUCCAGCCAUAAACUAUAAUCUCAAUUUAUCGACAACCAAUUUUUCAGAUAAUAACCUCAACCCAUUUUCUCAGUUUACUUCUUUAUCAAAAUCCAAAGAUUCUUUCUCCAGUGUUUUGAACAAUGAACAACACAAUUAUAUAAAUGAUAAUUCCCUUCGACCUAAAAUCUCGUCUCCCAUUAAUUCUUCUCUAACCAUUCUGAAAUGUGAUGAGUUCUCUACGUCUAAACUUAAUUUGGGAAAUUCUGUUGAGUUGCCUACAAAUCAACUGGCUAUAUCAAACGAAGGUGAUAGCAUAUGUGAUGAUAUGGAGAUAAUUAAUAAAAAGGGCACUGAAGAAAAUAAUAAUAUUACGAGUUAUCAUCAAGUCAUUCACACUGAUAAUCCAUACCACAUGAAUCAGUCUAAUCCGAAUCUUCUUAAACUUUUGUCGAACUGUAAUCAGUUAGUCAGAAACUCAUCAGUCGAAAUAUUACCAUCUUUGUAUUCACCGCUACCUUCAUUAUCAACUGUUAAUACGCUACAUCCAUUUAACAAUCAUGUUACAAGAUUAGACUCUUUAAUGCUAGAUAAUACUUCAAAAUGUCUCAGUGAGAAUUGUAUAACCGAAAAUAUGGAAAAAUAUAAUCAAACUAAGAAUGAAGAUAAUAUUGUUAACGAAAGGUCCGAUGAUUAUAUGGAUAGCAAAUCAACUUAUCCGAAUAAAAAUUCCUUGUGGAUGUUUAAUAGUUGCACCAACCCAAAUAACACAGCCGGAUUUGAAGAACCAUUUGAUGUCAGUCACACAAUGCAAGAGGUUAUCAAAUCUUCUAUUUGUAAUUAUCCUUCAAAUAUAUACAAUUCUUCAUUGUCACUACCAAUAGCCUUUCCACCCUCCCCUUCUGCUUCACUGACUCAUAAUUAUGAAUCAUUACAGGUGGAAAAACCUGCCAUAAACUUUGUAAAUCAUGCUCAGGUUACCACUAAUCCUUGCAUGAUACAACAUGACAUGCAGCAUUCAACUUCAACUAACUAUUCAUCAUCGUGUUCUUCUUCAUCAUCAUCAUCAUCAUCAUCAUCAUCAUUAUCGUCUGAGCAUCAGCAACAACAGCAGUCACAUCACUGUUUUCCUCAGACUGAUAUUGCUUCAUACUUACCAUCACAAAUUAAUUCGAUAGAAUGUAGUGAUAAACAUCAAUAUCGUUUAACUGAUAUGCCCUGUCCACGUCGUCAGGAACAACAGAAUCGACAAAAAAAGUUGUUUAUUCACUUUCCAACACCAACAGAAACCGUCAAAUUGAUGCCUAAACAUUUGAUGAUGACUAAUGCACAACAUCAAAGUCAACAGCAACUCACAGACGACCUUCUUGAAAGUGAAUCUCACUCAGUAAUCAAUAAGCUUGGCAUGGAAUAUACCUCUCAAGCAACCAUAGACAAACAAUCUGUGCUUCAUGAAACUCCUCAGUGUGUACAAUGUGGAAAAUUCAAUAUUGAAAAUCAACAAUGGGUUUUCGACGGAAUUACUGAACUUUAUUUAUGCAAUGAAUGUAAUCAACAAGUCAACUAUGACAAUAAUAGAAUUAAGUCAACAAGAAAAAUGAAACAUCUACCAAGCAUAAAUGCACCGGCUGAUAAAGCUAAGCCAUUCUUUGAUCCAUUACUGAAUUAUGGUACACGGAAUAGAAAUCGAUCAGGUUUAGAUCAAGAUAAUGGGAGUUUGUCUCUUCUUAUAUGGAAUGAUGCCAAAUCUUACUCUAAAGAUCCUUCAUUUAUAUUCAAUCCUACGGACAAUUUUAAUGAGAUAGAUAAACACUUGCAAAUACAAUCACCUCAAGAGAUUUCAAACUAUUCUACAUGGUCACAAUAUACAACGAACGUGAUGAAGGAUGCGGCUGUUACUAGGGUACCAAUCGAUCCAAUACAUAGUGAAGAAAACAUCUCAAAGUCAUCUAAUUCAUUAAAUAUUCCAAACUCUACACGUCGUUCAGGACAAUUUUGUACCAAUUGUAAUACUUCAGCAACUACCCUAUGGCGUCGUAAUACGGAAGGAGAACCAGUUUGUAAUGCAUGUGGAUUAUAUUAUAAACUGCACAAGAUAAACCGUCCAAUAUCUAUGAAGAAAGAAGGGAUUCAAACUCGCAAGAGAAAACCAAAAAUGAACACACUAAAAUCUAAUCAGUUAUAUGUACCGAAUCUCUCUCGAGGUUCUGGAAAACCUAUGAACAAAUUAGUGACGCGCAUGGAUGGUUCUAAACAGCUUUCUAACCAAUCUCCAUAUAAAACCCGACAUCAUCACAUUCCUUACAAAGGAACAGAGGUUGAAAGUCACCAUUCUAUUCCACCUAGAUUUGUAGCUUUCCCAAAUUUGUUUUAUGAUGAACAAAGCAUGAAAAAACAAAAUCUGGAUGAAAACAAAUCGAAUGCAUUGGAUUCGUUAUUUCAUUCUCAUUCAUUAAAUGAAGUUCAUCCAAUGCAUACUACAACACGUACCCCCCAAUUUCCUCCACCGGUUUCACUAUCUCAUCAUCACCGAGUGAAUAUAAACGAACCCAACAGUUCAGUUAGCGAUAUUCAUUACAAUCAAUAUGGUGACCAAGUUGAAAACACUGCGAUGAUGAUCAAUCGGUUACCGAUAUUGAAUAAAGUAACAGGAGAGAAUUGUAUAAAUUCAUUAUUAAUCUGGUCUAACACGUCGAGAACAAACGAUGAUUCGAUGAAUACUGUAUUAUUAACCAACUUUAUAGAGUUAGACCGUAAUCAUAAUCAGACUAUCACUGAAGACGAUAAUGAGAAUAGUAAUAACAAUAAUAAUGAGAAUAGUGAUAAACACUCCAAUAUCCCGAUUGAUUUUUCAAAUACAGUUGUCGACUUUAUAAAUUUUCAAUAUCAAGAAAUCCAUGAAAAAUCCGAAACUUCAAAUUUACUACAUCCAAACUUUGAACAGAAAACUAUGGUGACUGACGAUGUAGUGAGUAAUGAGAAGUCAACAAUCUAUCAUACUGCAAGUUUACAACUGAAAUAAGUUUUUUCUAGUCGUGAUUAUUUUCCAUAGUGCCAUUAAUACGAACUCAAUAACUCAAGAACAAUCAGUAAAUUUAAUGAAUCCACUAGAACCAAAUUUUCCAUCACCAUCAAACUUCAGCCAUUCUUCAGAAAUAUAACGGAAAAAGUUGUUAAUUAACCCCUUCCCAUAAAUGAAGCACAAGGCAGUUCAAAAUACCGAGUGGAUCAAACUAUUGCUUGGACGAAGAAUAAUUUUCCCUCGAUUUUUUUUUCUCCUGUUUCUGUUGUACAUUUGAAUAGAUUUGUGCAGUUUUGGAGGAAUCAAAUAACUUCUGUCAACUUAACUCACCAAAUUUAAUCAAUGUGAAGACAACAUUUGAUUUGAAAUUGCUAAUUAUGUUGUCUUAUGAAAACUUGUAUAUGAAUUAAAGUCUUUUCAUAUUGAUUAACAUGAGUUAUCUAUUACAGAAAACUAUUUAGACAAAUAUAUACUACAUAUAAUAUUAUAAUUAUUCUUGAACUAAGUCAGUCAUCCAGUUAAACAAUGAACUUGUUAGAACUCUUGUGAUUAUUCUAUUAUCAAUAAUCAAUAAACCCUUACUAUCUUUCUAGUUGUUCAUGUUUGUUUCUAUUCUUUUGGUUAAACUGUUUUCUUUUCUUUUUGCAAUGACAAGUAAUAAAAUGUAAUCUGUUCUCUAU